AUGACUCGGUCGUCCGAUGCUCGUACGCCGUUGCCUGCCUUUCAGUUGGGCAUCAUACUGUUCAUCCAGGCGGCCGAACCGAUCACCGCGUCAGUCAUCUUUCCUUUCGUCAAUCAAUUCGUGCUAGAAAGCGGGGUCACCGGUGGCGAUGAGCGCAAAGUUGGGUACUAUGCUGGUAUUAUCGGUUCUCUGUUUUUCCUCUCAGAAUUUGUCACAGUACUGUUCUGGAGUCGUCUGUCUGACCGGAUAGGCCGUAAACCUGUCCUUCUGGCUGGAAUGGUGGGAUUGUUCGUUACAAUUCUGAGUGCUGGUUUGUCCAAAAGUUACGCCGCAUUCGCUUUGAGCCGCUGCAUCCAAGGUGCCUUCAAUGGCAAUGUCGGGGUCGCUAAAAAUGUGAUGGUAGAGGUAUAUGUUCCUCAACUUUGCUUCCUCCCGCCUGUCUGGACCAUGGGAAAUACCUUCGGGCCUUUGAUCGGGGGCGAGCUCGCCGACCCCGGAAGCCGCUGGCCUGGUACAUUCGGGAAGAUUCCUUUCUUCAUUGAAUACCCAUAUUUUUUACCCUGCGCCACUGCGUCGUUCUUUGCGUUGCUCUGCUCGAUCCUGGGAGCUCUUGUCUUGAAAGAAACACAUCCCACGAAAUUAGCAGAGAAGAGGCAAAGCAAUUUAGCUGCUUCCCGCCGAGAUUAUGGCAGCAUAAACAAUGAAUCGGUCGAAGAAUACCCAGCAGCUGAGGACACGUCGUCUGCGGCAGAUGCCAGCUCCCCGCCUAUUCGCAGCGUCCUCAUUCGACCAAUAGUUAUUUCCCUCACAACCCAUGCCUUCCAAGCUGUUACUAUGGAGUCGUUCCGCACUCUCCUACCUCUGAUGCUAUCGACAUCCAUUCACCUUGGUGGUCUGGCACUCUCGUCUGCGCGCAUUGGCACUAUCAUGGCCGUCUGGGGCUUCUGCAAUGGGGGAUUCCAGCUCGUCUUCUUCGCUCGUGCUAUCCGCAAGUUUGGCCCAAAGAAGACGUUCGGAAUCGCGUAUGGAAGUUAUGCGAUCUGCUUUGCUUUGUACCCGGUUAUGAGUUACUUUGCUAAGAGAGCAAACGGGGUGGAUGCCAAGGUUAUCUGCGUCCUCGUCGUUCAGCUCAGUUGCUUUGUAUUAGGGGCCAUGUCUUACGGUUCAAAUCAACUUUUCAUCAUCGCUGCUGUACCAGGACAAAACUCCCUCGCAACGGUCAACGGGCUGACCCAAAUGAUGUCCUCGGUGGAGCACCGACCAAAACAGGACACAAACUUCGAAUCCUAG